ACUGCAGUGGCUUGUAAAAUAGGAAGCAGGAAAGCCUGUGUGCUUAGGCUUUAACAGUAUCAAGACCAGCUUUCAACAGUGGGAGACAAUAUAUUAAUCCAUUGGAAGCACAGAUUGCAGUCUUGUGUAUCACUGUGGUUUGUGUUGUGAUUUUUUUUUUUAAUGUAAACAGGACAAAGAGAGAAACUGUGCAAACUAUAGUAGAGCUCUUCUUAUUGUCAAGAGUAAAGAGAACAUUUAGAAGGCAUUGUGAAAGCCUGUUCUUCUCUCUCCUCAAGCUGCUGACCAAAUGAGAUUCAAAUAAAACAAAGGAAAUAAAUUAUCCUAGAGCAUGGACGCCAGUAAAAAGACAGAACCCCCUUUAUCUGUAGAAAUGGUACAGCAAAGGGCCAAUCCCGAUCGCAGUCCUUCAGCAUCCAUUUAUGUUCCAGAACAAGGCGGCUACAAAGAGAAAUUUGUAAAUGCAGUGGAGGAUAAGUAUAAAUGUGAAAAAUGUCAUCUCAUUUUAUGCAAUCCUAAACAGACUGAAUGUGGACACAGAUACUGUGAGACCUGCAUGAAUGCCUUGCUAAGUUCCUCUAGUCCAAAAUGUACAGCGUGUCAAGAAAGCAUAGUAAAAGAUAAGGUAUUUAAGGAUAAUUGUUGCAGGAGAGAGCUACUUGCCCUUCAGAUAUACUGCAGAAAUGAAAACAAGGGCUGUAAAGAACAACUAUCUUUGGGUCAGUUACUGACACAUUUAAAAACUGACUGUCAGUUUGAAGAACUUCCAUGUCCUCGUGCUGAUUGCAAAGAAAAAAUACUGAGAAAAGACUUGCCAGACCAUGUAGAGAAGACCUGUAAAUACCGGGAGACAACUUGUAAAUACUGUAAAAGCCAAGUCCCAAUGAUUACAUUGCAGAAACAUGAAGAUACAGACUGCCCAUGUGUCAUGGUUUCAUGUCCUCAUAAAUGUAGUGUUAAAACACUCAUGAGGAGCGAGUUGAAUGCACAUUUGUCAGAAUGUAUUAAUGCCCCAAGUACCUGUAGUUUUAAGCGUUAUGGCUGCACUUUUCAGGGAACAAACCAACAAAUUAAAGCACAUGAAGCCAGCUCAGCAGUGCAGCAUGUUAACUUAUUGAAAGAGUGGAGUAAUGCUCUAGAAAAUAAGGUGGCCUUGCUCCAGAAUGAAAGUUUGGAAAAGAACAAGAGUAUACAAACUUUACAUAAUCAAAUUUGUAGCUUUGAAAUAGAAAUUGAAAGACAGAAGGAAAUGCUGCGGAAUAAUGAAUCUAAAAUACUUCAUUUACAGCGAGUGAUAGACAGUCAAGCAGAGAAACUGAAAGAACUGGACAAAGAAAUCCGCCCCUUCCGACAAAACUGGGAGGAGGCUGACAGCAUGAAGAGCAGUGUAGAAUCCCUCCAGAACAGAGUGACUGAGCUGGAAAGUGUUGAUAAAACUGCAGGGCAAGGAGCUCGAAACACAAGCCUGCUAGAGACCCAGCUGAGCAGACAUGACCAGAUGCUGAGUGUUCAUGAUAUUCGGCUGGCUGACAUGGACCUCCGAUUCCAAGUUUUAGAAACUGCCAGUUACAACGGAGUAUUAAUUUGGAAAAUUCGAGAUUAUAAACGUCGGAAGCAAGAGGCAGUCAUGGGGAAGACUCUGUCCUUGUACAGCCAGCCCUUUUAUACUGGAUACUUUGGCUACAAGAUGUGUGCCAGAGUUUACCUUAAUGGAGAUGGCAUGGGAAAAGGGACGCACUUGUCGCUGUUUUUUGUCAUAAUGCGUGGAGAGUAUGACGCGUUGCUUCCUUGGCCGUUUAAGCAGAAAGUUACUCUUAUGCUAAUGGAUCAGGGACCGUCUCGACGCCACUUAGGAGAUGCCUUCAAGCCAGAUCCAAACAGCAGUAGUUUCAAGAAGCCAACUGGAGAAAUGAACAUUGCAUCUGGCUGUCCAGUUUUUGUGGCUCAAACUGUUCUAGAGAAUGGAACGUAUAUUAAAGAUGAUACUAUUUUUAUUAAAGUCAUAGUGGAUACAUCGGAUCUACCAGACCCCUGACAUACAAUGGGGGAGGCAGAUUAAACAGAAGACAACUCCAUUUGGGGGUUUUAUAUCAGUUUGUCUUCAGUCAGAGGUCCUAAAGCUCACAGAACCACCUUGUGGAACAGAAAGAAGAGUUUGAAGGCAUAACUGCAUAGGGUCCAAUUGUGAAAGUAGUAACACAUUAAGAAAUCAUACCAUGGUAUAUUUUUUAAUAGAACUAGAAACACUUAAACUCUGAAGAAUCAUUUAUCCCUCAUGAGGGUAAUGAUUAUUGUCAGAGAUGGUUUUUUUUUUAACUUAUUAAUGAUCAGUAGUCAAUUGGAGGUGAAAAGACAAAUACAGUAUGUGCUGAAUAAAUUACUGACUUUUAUUCCUUUAAGCUAGAAUGCAAAAAAAAAAAAAAAGUUCACAUGUGGGCUAGCUGGAAAUUGUCAGCAUGUUAAAAGAAGAAAUGAUGAAGUAAUGUUGCAAUUAUGAUAUUAUUUGAAAAACUGAGGUGCAAUCUUGUCUGAAAUAUAGUAUAUUGUCUUUUUAAGGCCUCAUCUGGUCUCUGUUUUAAUAAUUACUUUGUCAGAAGAUGUUGGAAAAGUAUCCAUGUCUUCUCAAAAGUAUCUGAAUCAAAAUCAUAUUUUUAUUUAAAGUUCUAUUGUUACAGAAAACAUUUUGUUUUAAAACUGUUGAUAGACUGAUAUUUCUUGGAAGAAAAAUAGAAGAUAUCAAACACUGGUUAUCACUUGUGAUAGGAAAAAAAACUAUUCAAUUCUGUUAUUUCUCUUUAGAAAUGUAAACCUACAAUAUGUCGUAGUUAAUGACACUAUUUCAAAAUUAAGGAAAAAUCACUCAUGGAUGCUGUGCAUCAUUAUCAGAUUUAUAAUUGUUUUCACCCUAAAAUAGGGCAUUUGUUGAACUUUGGAGUUCUAAACGGAAUCCUGUACAUUUUUUAAAGUUCUGCCCCAUGCUUUCCGAUCAAGCUAUAUAUGUUGCACAUUAUGCUGUCAGCAGUAUAUAGUAUUUUCAGUAUUGGGGAGGAGGAUUAGUGCUGAGAAGAAGCCUAUAUGUUUGUUCUGUACUAGCAGCCAUUGCUUCUUAAGGACAAAUCAGCAGUGUCUUAAUGCAGUGAUGGUGGCUUGCAUGCAUACAUGUGCCUUAGAUGUGCUGUGCUGCUUAUAAACCAUAGCUUUUUAUUCAGAUUAAUUCUGAUAUCUGAAAUGGUAGUUUAAUUGGACGUCAGGCAUAAUGUUUAGCCUUGUCUUCAGAGCCCUUAGAUACCUUGUGAUGUGCUAAAUAGAAGCCUAAGUCCAUUUCUUUUGGUCACUGGAGCUUCUACGACUUGGCCAUGGCGAAAUCCAUCUUAAUCAGGUGCCGAAACGUUAUGCUCAGUGCUCCUAUGGAGCUUGGACUAGACAGUCUCCAUGGCCGCUGUGAAGAAAGGUGACAUUUUCCUCUAAUGCCUGUGGUUGGAAAGUGGCAUCACCUUAAACGGACUCAUCUGAGAAUUCGGUGGGGCUGUGAAUGUAUACGCUCAUAGCAGCUUCUCAUAGCAGACAAGCAUCCUAACAGGGAGUGCACAGGCUUCCUCCUUGUAUCAGCCUGAACACUUGCGGAAAGCAUUUGCAAGCCCUGGAACAUGCUGAUUGCAACCUGCUGUGUUCAUCUGCUUCUAUUUAAUGGUCUGUGACAAGCAAGUCUAGCGACAUAGCCUGACUGUGGUGCUUUUUAAAAUCUGAGAACUGCUUAAGCAGAGCAGAUUGCACCACUGCAUUUAGCCUUUGUGGGCUUGAAAGAAGACGGUGCGCCUUAGUCGUUAACAUCAGGUUGUGUCAGUUUCUGCUUUCUGAGGCAUAGUCACGAUUUUUGUCUAAGGUGCAGUUGAAUUCAUGCCUUUGUAUUUCAGCUUGUCUUUGCUGUUGUCUUUUUUGGCUGUGCCUUCACACACAGUGCCUGCAAAAAGUAUUUAUGAUUAUACAAUGCAUGCUAAGUGAUCUUCAUGGGUUUUCCAGGCACCUGCUAGAAUACUGCCUGCUACUGACAGUCAGAGCCAUCAGUAGCAACUUGUCUUCCUGUUCUUGCCUUCCAUUGUCCAGGUACUGUAUUCCCUUUAUGGUACAUAGCUGUCAACCAGUGCAAGCUAAAAUGUGGAGGCAUGUGCUAGCACUUGACUUCUAGCACAGGAGGAGGACGUUCUGCACAAGAGAGAAAUAUCUAUAGAUAUACCCACGUCUGUAUCUCUAGAUAUAGCUAUAUGGCACUUGCAGUUUUAUGCAGGCUGCAUAAGCAAACCCAUCACUUAGGCUUUUGGGCGAAGGUUCGCUCAACUUGUGUCAUUUUAAUAAUUGUGAAUGUAGGCAGCUGAGCUUUUGUGUUUGUGCAUCACAGAAUUUUACUGAAAACAGGAUUCCCAAGUGGAAAUGUCCAAAGGACUCUCCUCCCAUUGCUAAUGCAUGUCUUGUUUAAAAAAAAAAAAAAAAA